UUUUCAUUGUUCAAACCGCAGCAAGUUUCUGUGCUAUGUGAAUUGGCGAUGGAGUUCUCGAAUGAUUUGCUGCGGCGCUAUCGCGACGAUCGCCGCAAGCUGCUGGAGUUCCUCCUUUCGUCCGGCCUCAUCAAAGAAAUCACGGCGCCGACGGACAUCGAAUUCGAUCAUCUCAGCGCUGAUUACGUUCUCGAAUGCAUCCAGUCCGGUGGCGUGCUUGAUGUUUCUCAAGCAAUAAGGAGGUAUCAUGACGAGUCUUCACAUCCAAUAGCGAUGCACUUGCAAUCAGGAGAUGUUUUUCACCUCCUCUCGGGAACAGAAUCAGCUGGAUCUCCACCUCGUCGUGUUGCACCGUCAAUCCCCCUGAACCGGAAAGCAAAAGAAAGUGACUUUGUUGAAAGGAAUAAUUUUCCUGGGCCAACCUAUCCAGCUGCAGAAAGAUCACAUAUCUCCAGUCAGGAGGCUGGGAUUAAUUAUCAAGAAAAUACUAUCCCAUGUGCAAAAUCAUUGGAUAAUAAACUUACCCAUUCAGUAGGAUUACCAAAUCUAAGAACAGGUUUACGGGAUGAUGACUUGCGGGAAACUGCUUAUGAAGUGUUUCUUGCAUGUAUGCUUUUUUCCGGGUUAGAAAUUCAGACAACUGAGGGUAGAAAGAGAGAAAAAAGUUCUAAGUUCCUUUCUGGGUUAAAAAAUAGGAAAGAGAAACGGCAUAUAGAAUCGGCACCUAUUGAAAGUCAUUUGAAGGUCCUUGACACAAUUCGCUUACAAAUGCAGAUAUCUGAAGCUGCAGAUGCUUUUAUUAGGCGGAGAUUGACACAGUUUGUGAUGGGGAAAGUUUGCGCACAAAUCGAUGUUCCACAAUUGUCCUUGGUUCUCUUGACUGGUUUAUUAAGAUCUGAUUUUCCAAGCGAGAAAUCAUACCUCCAUUGGAAGUGCAGACAAGUAAAUAUUUUUGAAGAACUAGUUCGUUCUGAUCAUAUGAAGACUGAAAAAGAGAUGAUCGAGGAGUCACUUGCAAAAAUAAAAAAUUCUAAGUUUUUCUUUCUUCUUUCUUAUGGCCAGGAAUGGGAUAUGAAGAUGUCCUCUUCACAACGGAGGGAUGUUCUUUUAAAUCUUCGACAAGUUGCUUUGGCAUUCUCAUCCAUACCUGGGCGCUUUGGAAUAGAGGGUGAAACAUACUACUGGACUAGUGGUUAUCAUUUGAACAUUAGACUCUAUGAGAAACUGCUUUUUGGUCUAUUUGAUGUUUUGGAAGAAAGUCAGAUUAUAGAGGAAGCAGAAGAGAUCUUGAAGCUGGUGAAAUUAACUUGGUCAAUGUUGGGUAUUACAGAGAGACUGCAUCACACAUUAUUUGCUUGGGUGCUUUUUCAACAGUUUGUCACAACUGAAGAGGCAAUACUAUUGGACCAUGCUAUUCGUGAAGUGAAGCAUGUUUUAUCUGCUGACGUCAAGGAUGACAAAGAAGUGUCCUACAUGAGGAGCUUGACGUGCCCAACCGUUGGCAUUGAGUGCGAAACUAGAUUUGAUUUGCUGCAGUCCAUAUUUUUCUCAAUUAGUUUGUGGUGCGACAGUAAAUUGCAGGAUUAUCAUCUAUAUUUCAGUCAGAACUCUUCGUUCUUUGAGAGGGUAUUGACAAUGGGGUUAUCCACUGGGACUCAAGAUUUUAUUCCACAUAGAAAUACCCAGUUUACAGGAUAUUUCCUUCCUAAUGAUGUUGUUACUCAAAAGAUGAGAGUAUACAUUGAGAAAACUCAAUAUGCUGCCUGCAGGAGGGCUAUUGAUUUUGCUAUUGGCUCUAUGAAUGGUAAGAUGCAUCCUCUGGCUAUUCUUGCAAGUGAACUCAAACAAAUUGCAGAGAAGGAUCUAUCCAUAUUCAGCCCCGUCCUGCGUCGUUGGUAUCCUGAAUGUGCCAUGAUCUCAGCCAAGAUGUUACACCAACUUUAUGGUGAAAGACUGAAACCGUUUAUGAAGGAUAUUACAAGCAUCACUGAGGAUGUCAGGAAAGUGCUUCCCGCAGCUUAUGGUCUUGAGUGUUGCCUUAUUGAACUCUAUUCUUCAGCUUGUGAAGAAAACAAUUCACACUAUAGCAGAGGAUUUGAGCGUUAUCAGAUUGCUGAAAUUUCAAAGCCUUUCAUUCUGGAUUGGGUAGUUGCACAAUGCGAAAAAAUUCUGGAAUGGACUGGGCGUGCUUUUGAUCUUGAGGAUUGGGAACCUCUAUCAGUUCAGCAAAAGCAUGCAGCUUCAGCAAUUGAAGUGUUUAGAAUCAUAGAGGAGACAGUAGAUCAAUUUUUUCAGUGGAGCCUCCCAAUGGACAUAACUCAUUUACAAGCUCUAUUAUCGAUAAUUUUCCACAGCCUGAAUACUUAUUUGUUGAAAGUAAUAAGCCAAUUAGUUGAGAAGCAAAAGUUGUACCCUUCUACUCCUCCACUGACUCGCUACAAGGAAGCAACAUUUCCUAUUAUCAAGAGAAAGGUGGCUGGGAGUUCAAUUACUGAUCAUGAAAUAUAUAAAGAGUUGGAUGAGCUGACUUCUUCCAAGCUAUGUAUCAGAUUAAAUACUUAUCGAUAUAUUCAAAAACAAAUUGCGAUACUUGAAGAAGGCAUUAGGAAGUCGUGGGAAUCUGUCGCAUCAAACAGAAUAGACAGAUAUUCAACAGAGAGAACUCCUGCAACUUUGGAGCCAACAGAUGUCAAUGGUGAAUCAGUUUCUGAGCUUUUUGUUGCCACUUUGGAUUGCAUCAGGGAUUCUGCUGCUCAGGGUAUUCAGAAGACUAGCGAAUUUUUAGGUGCCAAAGUUGUAUUCUGGGAUAUGAGAGAUUCAUUCUUGUCUUAUCUAUAUUAUGGGGGCGUCGAAGGAAACCGCAUAGAAGCUGUACUGCCACAAUUUGAUAAAGUCCUGAAUGAUGUAUGCAGUGUGAUUGACGACACAAUCAGGGACCUUGUAGUGUCAAACAUUUGGAGGGCAUCAUUGGAAGGUUUUAUGUGGGUUUUACUUGAUGGAGGCCCUUCACGUGCAUUUUCUGAUUCUGAUACUGUUUUGAUUGAAGAAGACUUUAAUAUGCUAAAGGAGUUGUUUAUUGCUGAUGGAGAAGGCCUCCCUCGUUCAUUGGUUGAAGAGGAAGCAAAAUUUUAUCGUCAAGUUCUUAGCCUGUUUUCCCUUCAGACUCAAUCCUUGAUCAAGAAGCUAAUAUCAUCCAGCCAAAACAUGUCAGCCGGUGUGAAUAGUUAUAAAAAGGGUCCAAGAUAUGUUGGGGAUACUCAUACUUUGCUUCGAGUAUUGUGCCACAAGAGAGAUAAGGAAGCUUCAAAGUUCUUGAAAAAGCAUUAUCGGUUUCCCGCCUCUUCUGAAUAUGAUGAGACUGCAGUGGAGAGUUCCAGUUUCGGUUCCCCUUUUGUUGCAGACAUCUUGAAACGCGGUGCCUCCUUCAGUUGGUCUGAGAAAAGUCAUAGCAGCUUCAGGUCCAUAACGAAGAAAUUUCAACAAGUGUCGUGGAAAUAAGAUCUGUGGCACGAUGAAGAUUACAUUUGGCCAGUAACAAGCAUCUAAAUCGCGCGAAAACUGCAACAACUGAUGCCUCAGAUAACAUAGGGCUGCAGUAGAGUCCUUUCGACCAAGAGGAGGAGAGGGUAGCGAUGCUUGUAGAAUAAAAUUAGCCGGAAAGGCGUAUUCAAACAUGCCUCUGAUCAGCCCAUGCUUUGAGCAUAUGCUCGAAAGUCGGAACUGGUGGAGCGAUUUUGGCUCUAGCAGAGAUCAAACUGUUAGUUAGGGUAAAGGAACAACCUAUAUUAAUCAUUGUUGCUCAUAUAUAGUGCAAGCCAGUGAAGAUUCCCAUUAACAAAAGCAACCUCGAAUUCCACAUCAUACACGAAUUGGCUCCCAAUUGUGAUGCUUUUCCACUGCCCUGUGCCUAGAGUGUAUACUUGACAUGUAUUUUGAGACUGAGAAAUCAUAACAAGCUUGUGUUGACCA